AUGAGGAAACUGAAGCUCGAACCGCACCCCGUAGCAAAUGAAGAGUUUGGAUACGCCAGCCACUCAGGCCCACUGAGCCCUUGUUCACAGAUCCAAGAAUAUCGAAUCCAGAGCCCCACUGGAGUUCCACCGGCCAAUCCAUGUUCGAGAAGGCAGCUUGAGCAGGACCAGCUCCAAUUCUUUGAAGCAAUGGAAGGGGGCCAUAGUUCCAGACAUUCCAACUGUAGCAGUGACAGGAAGCGAAAACGAGAGUUGGAGGAGGUGUUUGAUGAAGACUCAGAAGACUCUAAGGAGUCACCAGGGAUGAAGAAGAGGCGUAUAUCAAGGUCUGAGGAGGUGCAGGAGGAACUAGAGGUAAUUCCUGCACCACCAUCAGAGAGCUCAGUCCUGCUGACUAAAUUACAGAUCAAACAAAUAAAGGAGGCAACCACAAGGCAGAUCGAGGAAAGGAAAAGACAGCUGAGCUUCAUUAGUGCUCCUCCCCCUCAGCCCAAGACUUCUUCCUCGCCACCAGAACGACUGCCAAUGGGCAAUACUAUUCAGCCUGCCCAGGCUGCCACCUUCAUGAAAGAUGCCAUCGAAAGGACACGGAAAGCAGCUGAACUACAAGCUCGGAUUCAGGCUCUGCUGGCAUCGAGACCAGGACUUAUUGGCAAUGCCAUCAUGGUUGGACCCGCCAGCCUUUGUGCUAUGGGCAUUGUUCGUCCGAAAGUGGAACAGAAGGACCAGAGGAAGCCCGCACCCCUUAUCCUGGAUGAACAAGGCCGAACCGUAGAUGCUGCAGGCAGAGAGAUUGAGUUGAUACCCCGAAUGCCAACACUAAAGGCCAACAUUCGGGCUGCGAAGCGGGAACAACUCAAGCAGCAGCUCAAGCAAAAGCCACCAGAGCACGGGGAAUCCAACACAUUUUUUGAUCCCCGAGUCUCUAUUGCCCCUUCCCAACGCCAGAGACGAAGCUUUAAAUUCCAUGACAAGGGCAAAUUUGAAAAGAUUGCCCAGAGAUUACGGACAAAGGCUCAGCUAGAGAAGCUGCAGGCAGAGAUCUCACAGGCAGCCCAAAAAACUGGCAUCCAUACUGCAGCCAAGCUGGAGCUCAUCGCCACUAAAACCGAACUAAAAGGAGAGAUUCCUGAUAUUGAAUGGUGGGACGCCUACAUCAUCCCCAAGGGUUUUGACCCUACAGGGGAAGCUCCCAAGGAAGAAGAUUAUUUUGGGAUCACAAACCUUGUAGAACAUCCAACCCAACUAAAUCCUCCAGUGGACAGUGACCCACCAGUGACAUUGGGGGUGUACCUCACCAAAAAGGAACAGAAACGACUCAGGAGGCAGACCCGGAGGAAAGCCCAGAAGGAGCUGCAAGAGAAAGUCCGGCUGGGGUUCCUGCCUCCUCCUGAACCCAAAGUCAACAUUUCCAAUUUGAUGAGAGUGUUAGGCACAGAAGCCAUUCAAGAUCCCACUCGAGUGGAAGCUCACAUCAGGGCCCAGAUGGCCAAAAGACAGAGAAUGCACGAAGAGGCGAAUGCUGCCCGGAAACUGACAGUAGAAGAGAGGAGGGUCAAGAAAAUGAGAAAGCUGCAGGAAGACACUUCCCAGGGGGUGCACAUAUCCGUGUUUAGAGUACGGAAUUUGAGGCACCCAGCCAAGAGGUUCAAGAUUGAAGCCAACGCUGAGCAGCUGUACCUUUCAGGGGUGAUUGUACUUCACAGGGACGUCAAUGUCGUGGUGGUAGAAGGAGGCCCUAAGGCACAGAAAAAAUUCAAGCACCUAAUGCUGCACCGGAUAAAAUGGGAUGAACAGACAUCGGACAUGAAAGGAGAUGAGAAAGCUGAGUCUGAGGAGGAGGCUGUGAGAAAACCCAACAAGUGUGUAUUGGUCUGGGAGGGCACAGCCAAGGAUCGGAGCUUUGGAAAAAUGAAGUUCAAACAGUGCACCACAGAGAACAUGGCCAGGGAGCAUUUCAGAAAGCAUGGGGCUGAACAUUACUGGGACCUUGCACUGAGUGAGUCUGUGUUGGAGUCCACAGAUUGAGACCACUACAGUCCCCACCCAUUCCUUUCCACUGCCUUUGUCCCUCCAGCUUUCCUUUAUUCCU